AUGCGCUUCUUCUUUCUUUUACCCGUUCUUAAAUCUUUCAUUUUAACGCUUCAUAUUAUCACCUUCCUUCUCUUUUCCCCUCUUUUAAUUCUCUGUAUUUCGUCUUUCCUUUAUUAUCUUUCUUUUAGUGCUAUUUUUUCUAUUUUUCUUUGUCUUGAAUAUUUUCGUUUAACCCCACUUCUGAUAAAGCGAAACGGAUCAUUGAAUGCUACAAAGAAAGACAAACAAGAAAACCGGGAACAUAUUGGCAGAUCACUUCAGUUUGAUAUAAGAGCAAACACCACGAUUCUUCUCGAUCCCAGUAAUCAUGAUGACGCAACUUGGAUCCUGACGAGUGCAUUCAUCAUAUUUACCAUGCAAUCAGGUUUCGGCCUCUUGGAAAGCGGAUCUGUGUCAGUGAAAAACGAAGUAAAUAUAAUGGUAAAAAAUGCCGUAGAUGUCAUUUUUGGCGGCUUGACCUUCUGGAUGUUUGGUUAUGGCUUAGUUUUUGGAGACUCUGCACCACUGUCAAAUCAAUUUUGCGGAUGGGGUAGCUUUUUCGUUACCUCGCAUUCGCCAGAUGUUGGUUGGGUGUACUCGAAAUUUUUCUUCACGGCUUCUUUCUCAACUACUGCAACAACCAUUGUAUCAGGAGCAAUGGCGGAAAGGACAAAAUUCGAGUCGUACAUCUUAUUUUCUUUGUUAAACACAUUCACCUUCUGUUUUCCUGCUCACUGGAUGUGGGCAGACAACGGUUGGUUGGCUGUGAUGGGUGUAAUCGACGUGGCCGGAGCAGGUCCUGUUCACAUUGUUGGAGGUAUGACAUCCCUGGCUGCUAUACUCAUUUUGGGACCAAGGAAAGACCGAUUCCAAUCUCAAGACAAAACUCCGGCAUUUGGAUCACCGACAAACGCGAUUCUUGGAAUGUUUAUGCUCUGUACCUUCGGAAUAUCUGGUUCAAAAUGGAUUUUGGCAGCAAGAUCGGCCGUCACUACAAUAACUGCUUCAACUUCUGGAGGCAUGACAGGUCUUUUUCUAAGCUAUAUUCUUAAGAAACGAAAAUUCCAUAUCGAUUAUUUAAUUAAUAGUGUCCUAGCUUCUCUGGUGUCUAUUACAGUGUUGAUGCCUAUUUAUCUAUCUAUCUAUCUAUCUAUCUAUCUAUCUAUCUAUCUAUCUAUCUAA